AUGAGAUUGCUAUUAUUCCCUUUUCUGGGUACAUUUGGCAGGCUUCCCAUAGAAAUCCGCUUGAUGAUAUGGGAUCGAUACCUCUAUAAUGAGGUUUCGUCCCAUCUAUUCAACAACUCCGUCCAGCAUAUCUCACUGAACCCAGAAUAUAACGAGGAAGAGUGGAUGGUCAUACGAUUGGAAUCCAGAGCCGUGGAAAUCGAGUGGACUCUCAGGAACAGAGCGGACGCCGAAAGGCAUUUCCAGAACUUCCCGCAUUCAAAAACGACGAUGAAAGUACAUAUCAGUUGCCCAGAUCCAACAGAUCCGGGUCAACUAGUGUUGCUUUGGCAAAAGCUCAAUGCACUAGUCGAUCUUCUGAUUCCCACGACUGGGCCGACUAUAGAGCUGGCCUUAAAUGGUCCAUGGCGAUCAGCAGACCCACCAGCUCGAUGGCGACUACACAGAGAUAUAUUUUAUGAGAUUGGGGGUCUACAGGAGUCAAUCCAAUUUGGACCCAGAUACCGUCCUGACUACGACAUUGUCAUCCUACCCUUCCUUCGUCUGAGACUAUGGAUGGAAGAUCCCGCAACAAAUGUACCCGCGAUGUCAGAUGAUCAGUACGAAACCCUACACCGGGGCCUUAUGGCUUUAUUUGAUCAAACAGGGAUCGAGCUCAGACUAGAGAGGCUUCUCUCCAUGACCCAAGACACAGCCGUCCGCCAAAUUGAAAAUGCACUCAUCGAUACCAAUAUAUUCCUAGAAACCAGCCUGGACGAGUUACCGGGCACAACAGCCAACUUCCUUCGUCUUGAGCGAUACAAAAACUGGUUUAAAGACGGAACAAGCUGGGAAUCGCUAUAUGAGACACAACUCCGAGACCAAUUAUCUAUCUCUCCCGCGGUUAUCAUGAACAUAGAUCCCUGGCUCCAUCGAUCGAAUCAGAGAUACAUCGUUCUUAUCCUACUACACCAUGCCAUGUAUGCGUUCACGUCAAAAAUACGUGAUGGACUUGGGAUUUAUGACAAGUCAAGAAUAUAUACGAGCUGGAACUCGGAAUUGUGGUCGGAUUUAUUUCCAAAUGGCGUCUCGGAGCUCAGUGAUGUUCAACUCUGGCUUUCGAGGUUCUGGUCUGAUAAGUUCCAGUUUAAAAAAUUCCAUGCCUAUAUGGAUUGGUUAGGUCGACACCGGGCCGAGGAACUUGGAGUCGAGGAAUCCAUAUGUUCAUUUAUACACCGUUUGAGCUUGUGGGGCCAUUGA